AUGCCCCGCGAUCUUGCCGCCAUGAUGAGACGUGACCAAGAGCCAAAGGACAAGACCUCUCGCGACAUGGAAAAGCAGGAUCAUCUCGCCGAAAUCAAGCCUUAUGUCCAGACCCUCACCAUCUCUGACGUUGACAGCGCCGUCAAAUUGGAAGACGCUACCUUUCCCCCCGAAGAGCGCGCCACCAAAGAAAAGUUUGAAUACCGAUUCACGAAAUGUGGUGGACUCUGUCUUGGUCUCUUCACUUCCGUUGACAUGAGCGAUUCAUCUUCCUCAUUGGCAUCUGUUGAGACGGCCUCCAGUGCUCAUCAUGUGUACAGCGGAGCCCCGGCGCGCAAAUCUGUCCUCCUCGCUCACUGCGUUGUCACCAAGACAACCAAUUCAACCGUCAUGGAUGAGGACAUGGAGAUUCCCGACAACUGGAAGACUUCGAGUGCUCUGACAAGUAAGGUUGGUCACAAAGAGAAGGGCCGCACUGUUGCUGUGCACAGUCUAGCUGUCCUGCCAUCUUUACAAAGCCAAGGCUUGGGCUCGACACUGCUCAAAGCCUUUGUCCAACGCUUGGGGUAUGUCCAGGCCGCAGACAGGGUUGCUUUACUUGCACACGGAGAUCUUGUCAAGUUCUACGAAAAAUUGGGCUUUGAGAACAAGGGUCCGAGCAAGGCUACUUUUGGUGGAGGAAACUGGGUCGAUAUGGUGCUCGACUUGAACACCAGCCAAAAAUGA